AUUAAAAUACCAUAAAAGCUCUGUUGACUCAUGAAUCAACUUUCAUACUAUGGGUUAUAGAAGAAUAAAUUCAACAAAACGAGUGGCUUCUUGGCAAGAGAGAGAAUCCACCAAUCCCUUUUAAAGCAGCAAGGAAGCGAUUGGGAUUCAAUUAUUGCCCUCUACAAUGUUCCCAUUUCUUCUUCUUGGUCUUAUCCUCUGUUUCACUUCCAAUACUCUGUUCAUUGCAUCAGCCUCAGAUCCAUACUAUGACGAUUUUGCAAACUGCUUAACCAAAAAUGGGGUCACCUCCGAACAAGUCACUAAGAUUCUGUACAGCCCGACAAACCCUUCAUUCACAAGCGUCCUAGAUGCCUAUGUCCGAAACCUGCGAUUCAACACUUCAAGCGUUAAGAAACCAUCGAUUAUCGUGACCCCUUUUGAAGUUCAACAGGUUCAAUCAACUGUUUUGUGCACCAAACAAACUGGGCUGCAACUGAAGAUCCGAAGCGGCGGCCAUGAUUACGAAGGGAUUUCGUACGUUUCUAGUACCCCUUUCAUCAUUCUUGAUAUGUUCAAUCUCCGGUCGAUUGAAUUUGAUCUGCCUUCUCAAACCGCUUGGGUACAAGCCGGAGCCACACUCGGGGAGCUUUACUACGGAAUUUCGGAACAGAGCAAAGGUCUCGGAUUUCCUGCCGGUGUUUGCUCAACUGUCGCCGUCGGCGGCCACGUGAGCGGCGGCGGUUAUGGUCCGAUGUUGCGUAGGGACGGCCUAACGGUAGACAACGUUGUGGAUGCGCAAGUUAUUGAUGUUAAUGGCCGGAUUUUGGAUAGAAAUGCAAUGGGGGAAGAUCUGUUUUGGGCUAUUCGAGGCGGUGGAGGGGCAAGCUUUGGUGUCGUUUUGGCUUAUAAAAUCAAGUUAGUCCUUGUACCGGAAUUUGUCUCUGUUUUUUCGGUUUACAAAACAGAGGAAGAAAAUGCAACCGAUGUUUUAGUCAAAUGGCAAAAUGUUGCUGAUAAAAUCGACAACGAUCUGUUCAUCAGAGUUCUUGUCCAACCAAUCACGCCAAAAACAACUAAUACAACUUUAACGAAGGUUCAGAACCAGAAGAUUAUCAGAUUGACAUUCAAUGCGUUAUUCCUCGGAGAUUCAAACAGGCUGAUGUCCGUAAUGAACUCUGAUUUCCCCGAACUAGGAUUGAAGAAAACCGACUGCAUCGAAAUGAGUUGGGUUCAAUCAAUGGUUUGGUGGUCAAUUUCCAAGAGUGGGACUCCAUCUCCAAAGGACCUUUUGAGCAGGACUCCAGAUCCUGUAAAAUUCCUCAAGAGAAAAUCCGAUUACGUCCAGACCCCAAUUCCCAGAGAUGGAUUACAGUCAUUGUUUCAGAAAAUGGUCGAGCUGGGAAAAGCAGGGCUGGUCUUCAACCCUUAUGGCGGAAGAAUGGCCGAAAUCCCAGAAAACGAAACACCAUUUCCACAUCGCAAAGGGAUCAUUUUCAAGAUUCAGUAUUCAGUGAAUUGGGAUGAUGCAGAUCCUAAUCUGCUCAACGAGUACAUUGAUCAAGCAAGGCAACUCUACAGUUUCAUGACUCCUUAUGUGUCAAAGAAUCCUAGGCAGGCUUUUCUGAACUACAGGGAUCUUGAUAUUGGCACCACCGACAAUGGGAAGAACAGUUAUGGUGAAGGGGAAGUUUAUGGGUUGAAGUAUUUCAAGGAUAAUUUUUAUCGAUUGGUCAAAAUUAAGACAGCGGUUGAUCCACAGAAUUUCUUCAGGAAUGAACAGAGUAUCCCGACAACGCCCCAUCAAUCCUCAAAGGCUCAAAAGUCAAGGAUGUAAUUAAUAAGAUAUGUAGUCAGUUGUAGAAAGAUUGGAGUAGUGGCAAUGCAAUAGUACUCCACGUGCCAAUUGGGAACUAGUUUAGAACUUAGGAGCUCCACUUUUUGGAAUUGCGAGUUGCAAUUUGUAUUUUUCAUCUAAUCAAAAGGGAAAAGUGUAUGUUACAUUAUUGGCAAAAGCUUAAGUGUGGUUGUAAAGUUGUGCUCCCAUCAGAUUAGUUAAAAAGUUAUACGAAUGGUACUUGUUUUUCUCUCGAUUUUUAGGUUUAAAUGGAGAAUCAAAAGGGUUUUUUUUUUCCUCCCUCCAAAAGGC